UUUACCUUUUUUUUUUUUUUGAAUAAUCUUUUUUUUUUUUCUUUUUCAUUUCCCUUUUUUUUUUUAGUAACAAUGAUUAAUUAUAACAUUGUGAUCAGUACACUCUUUGUUUACUUGAUUAAAGUAAUACCCAUUGAAGCAGCAGAGAUAAAAAUGUUUUGUAAAUGCUUUUGUGGUUCCAACUCAACUAUAUUCGAACUCCCAACGACCGAUUUAAAGCCCUGUGGUAAUUGUACAAAGCAAUUCUGUUUAGAUAAUGUGAAAGAUGGCAUGUGUGAUGGUAUUGCUGAUGAAACAUGCCCUAGUAAUGACUUUAAAACGGCUUGUUUUGCCCGCGAUUCAUAUAAAGAUGAAGUUAUUGUUCGUUCAUUUUUGAUCAUUACUAUUUGUUUAAUAUUAUUCUCCUUAGUUAGACCCUACAUUGUCAAAUGGCAAAAGAAACGAGCAAUAAGAGUGCAAUAUCAAACUGUACCAAACGAUGAGCAAUAGAUUAUUAUUAUGUAUGAAUAAACUCUGUAUAUACAACUUCUUGCAUUUACAAAUAUAAACAAAUUAUUUAUUUAAAAGAAGAUACAUUUGCAUAGUAAUAAACACAUAUUCACGCUUAA